GUGGUAAUCACUUAUCAUUAUUUACACUACCGCUUCUUAUUUUGAAUUUUUGUGUACAAGUACAAAAUUCAAUUCUCAUUCUGUUUUUGUAAGCUAUAAGCCUAUAACUAGUAACUGCAGUGUACUGUAUAGUCCUGUGUAGUGUGUAGUUAAUGGAUUCACGUAAGACGUAUUAAUAUCCACUUCGUAAGUCGAUACAAUGCGUAUUGACACUUGUUAUUUUUGUUCGUCCAAGAUGUACCCAGGACAUGGAAUGCAUUUCGUAAGAAAUGAUUGUAAGGUGUUUAAAUUUUGUCGCUCGAAAUGUCACAGAGCAUUCCAAAAGAAGAAGAACCCAAGGCGCGUACGAUGGACCAAAGCAUACCGCAAGGCUGUUGGUAAAGAAUUAGCUGUCGAUCCAUCAUUUGAAAUCGAAAAGAGACGUAACAUACCCAUGAAAUAUGACAGAGAAUUUUGGCAAAUGUCUAUGGAAGCAAUCAAGAAAGUCACUGAAAUUCAAAAGAAGCGUCAAUCUACCUAUGUAAUGCAGCGAUUACGUAAAGGACGUGAAGUUGAACAGCACAGAGAUAUCAGAGAAGUCCAAAGAGAUAUGUCAUUGAUUAGAUCACCUGCUGCAGGACUUAAACAACGUUUGUUAACUGAAGAAAAAUUACUCGAAGAAGAACAAGAAAAUGAUGUAGAUAUGAUUACUGUAGAAGAUGAAAAUAAUAUUGAUCAUAGUAAAUUAUCUUACAUAAAAAUAUAAAAUAUUUGUAACUGUUUAA